CGCCUGUCGCGGAAAACGCGAAAACACGCGAAAGUGGCGUAAGGAUUUUGUAAAAAAAUAGGUAGCUACUUAUACGCGUAGUUCUGUGUUGAAUGUGAAGCGUCAGUGAUUUUAAUUAAUUGUAAAAAUACCUACUUGCAUUACUUAUCCUAAUUGUUUUUAUUUAUGUACUUUUUGUGAGUAAAAAAGUGGUGAGUGAACAAAAAGUGACGAUUGUGCUUUCGGUUGUGUCCAAGUACCUAACUAAUUAAAUUGAGAGUUUUUUGUGCGACAAAAACAGGCAAAUUUAAAGGAACCAGCUACAAAACUAUGUGGUUUUUGGCGCCUCAGCAUCAGCACCCCUGCUCUGCGUCAGGUCGAAGAGUCGCCAGCAGCUGUCGGUAGUCACCUCCGACCAUGGACGACACUAAUGUAAACAUUAACCGGUUCACCGUGUCCACGGUGGAAUCGGAGACCAAGAAGAAUGGCAUCCACAUGGGCGCCAGCAUCAUAUCCCGCCCUCUCCGCUCCUCUGCCGAGACAGCCGCCAACGGCCAAUCAGAGACCUGGCUCCAUGACGCAGGCUGGAAGCGCAAGCGCUCAUUGGCCCAGCUCACGAGGGAAGCCCUGCCUCGGAUGGAGAACUACAGGAACUCCAAGAGAGCCCUGAAAAGGCCGAGUCUGGGAGAACUGCAUGGUGAUCAUUUGAUUCGGGAAGAGGAGGAGCACAACCAAAGAGAUACAAAGUCACCGACUCCCGCGCAAGGAAUCAAAUUAGGAUGGAUCCAAGGCGUGCUGAUCCCGUGCCUGCUGAACAUCUGGGGCGUGAUGCUGUUCCUGCGCAUCUCGUGGGUGGUGGCGCAGGCGGGCGUGGGGCUGGCGCUCGUCAUCAUCCUGAUCUCUGCCGUGGUCUGCGUCAUCACCACGCUGUCUAUGAGCGCUAUUUGCACUAAUGGGGAGGUGAAAGGAGGUGGAAUCUACUAUAUCAUCUCGCGCUCUCUGGGCCCGGAGUUCGGCGCUUCCGUCGGCAUAAUCUUCGCGUUCGCCAACGCAGUAGCCGCCAGUAUGAACACCAUAGGGUUCUGUGACUCUCUCAACGACCUGCUGAAGAACCACGGAGUCAGCAUCGUGGACGGAGGCGUCAAUGACGUGAGGAUCGUGGGCACAAUCGCUCUGGUCGUCAUGUGUAUCAUCUGCGCGGUCGGCAUGGAUUGGGAGAGCAAAGCGCAGAACUUCCUGAUCGCGAUCAUCGUGGGCGCGAUGGUGACGUUUGCCGUGGGCACGCUGCUGGGCCCGCGGGACGCCGCCGAGGUCGCCGAGGGGUUCGUGGGGUUCAGCUCGUCGGUGUUCACGGGGAACCUCAAGCCCGACUUCAGGUUCAGCGAGGGGCUGCAGCAGGACUUCUUCAGCGUGUUCGCCAUCUUCUUCCCCUCCGUCACCGGCAUCCAGGCCGGCGCCAACAUCUCCGGGGACCUCAAGGAUCCAGCGUCAGCCAUCCCUAAAGGAACCCUCCUAGCCCUGCUGAUCUCCAUGGUGAGCUACGCCGUGAUGGUGCUGUUCGCCGGAGCUGGAGCCCUGCGGGACGCCAGUGGGAACCUCACCGACCUGGUGAUGGCCAACGGGACCGUGGUGGACUACAGCGGGGUGUCCGCCUGCGCAGUCACUGGGACGUGCCAGUUUGGACUGCAUAAUAGUUAUUCGGUGAUGCAGCUGAUGUCGGCGUGGGGUCCCUUCAUCUACGGCGGCUGCUGGGCGGCCACGCUCUCCACCGCCCUCACCAACCUGCUGUCGGUGCCGCGACUGAUCCAGGCCCUCGGCAUCGACCGCAUCUACCCCGGCCUCAUCUACUUCUCCAAGGGCUAUGGGAAGCACGGCGAGCCGUACCGAGGAUAUGUGCUCACUUUCUUCGUGUCUCUUAUCUUUCUUCUUAUUGCUGACCUAAACACGAUUGCUCCUCUCAUAUCGAACUUCUACCUGGCGUCGUACGCGCUCAUCAACUUCUGCACAUUCCAUGCGGCCCUGGUCCGGCCUCUGGGCUGGAGGCCGACCUUCCGAUACUACAACGUGUGGGUGUCGAUGGUGGGGUUCCUGCUGUGCGUGGCCAUCAUGCUGCUCAUCAGCUGGAUGAUGUCUCUCGUCACCUUCGCCAUCUUCUUCACGCUCUACCUCAUCGUGCAUUAUAGGAAGCCUGACGUGAACUGGGGCAGCAGCACGCAAGCGCAGAUGUACAAGACGGCGCUCUCCAGCGCGCACAACCUCGCUCGCACCGGGGAGCACGUCAAGAACUACUGGCCCCAACUCCUGGUGCUGGCGGGGAGGCCUCAGGCGCGCCCGGCGCUGGUGGAUCUAGGGCAUCUGAUCACCAAGGCCGGCUCGCUUAUGAUUGUGGGGGAUAUUUCUGAGACAAAACAAACCUACCGCGAGAAAUCAAUCCGCAUGCGCGCCGGCGACGAAUACCUGCGCGAGCGCAAGAUCCGCGCCUUCUGCUCCGGCGUCAACGGCUUCCAGUUCGAGCAGGGGGCCCGGGCGCUGGUGCAGGCCGCCGGCGUGGGACGCCUCGCGCCGAAUGUGCUGCUCAUGGGGUAUAAGAACGACUGGAGGGACGCCGAGCCGACGGAUCUGGUGGCGUACUUCAAUGUGUUGCACACAGCAUUCGAGAACCGCCUAGCCGUGGCGAUCCUGCGCGUGCCGGGCGGGCUGGACUACAGCGCCAUCAUCGCGGAGGACGCCCCGGCGACCGGCGGCCUCACGGCGACCUCCAGCGGCAGCGGCGACCUGCGCGUGCGCCGCGGCCCGCACAUCAUGCACGCUGACUCGGAUCUGGAUAUACGCUCGUCGGAUAGCCAGCCGAGCAGCCGGCAUAAUCUUAACAUCCUGACACUCACCACCUCGCGCUCCUUCACGGUGUCGGACAAGGAGAAGCCGCGCAAGGAGCGGCGCGGGGAGGCGCUGCACCGGCAGGUCGUGUACCGCAGUUCGACUGGCCAAGAGUUGUCUAAGGAACAGCUGUCGCUGAUGACGCUGUUCCAGAGGAAACAGGAGUCGGGCACGCUGGACGUGUGGUGGCUGUACGACGACGGCGGGCUCACCAUCCUGCUGCCCUACAUCAUCUCGCAGCGCGCCGCGUGGGGGCACGUCAAGCUCAGGAUCUUCGCGCUGGCCAACAGGAGGCACGAGAUGGAGCUUGAGGAGAGGAACAUGGCGAACCUCCUGUCGAAGUUCCGCAUCGACUACUCGUCGCUGACGAUGGUGCAGGACAUCACGGAGGCGCCGCAAGCCGAGACCAAGAAGAUGUUCGAGGACAUCAUAAAGAAGUUCACAGAUGAGAAUGUUAGGGAAGAGUGGCGCAUCAGCGAGACGGAGCUACUGACCCUGGCGGAGAAGACGAACCGGCAGUUGCGCCUGCGGGAGCUGCUGCUGGCCAACUCCGCGGACGCCCGUCUUGUUGUUAUGUCGCUGCCGAUGCCUAGGAAGGGCUCGGUGUCAGCUCCGCUGUACAUGGCGUGGCUGGAGAUGCUGAGCCGCGAGCUGCCGCCCACGCUGUUCGUGCGCGGGAACCAGACCUCCGUGCUCACCUUCUACUCGUAGACCCUGGGUGGCAGGGGCAUACUGGGAGCUACCGUACCACCAUCGACGCUCAUCUUCUACUAGUAGACUCAGGGAAGAUAGAUCAAGGUUAUCAAGGCCUUCUAAUCGUAGACCCAGGGUAGGGCAUCAGGGGAUUAGCGCGGCUACCGUACCACUAUCGACAGAUUAGGAGUUGACUAUACUUCAGCUACGAGUAUGUUUUAUGUCGCGCUACCGAUCUAUCACACAUAUUUCGGAUCGGUAGAAGUUGCGGUGAUAACAACCUGGUCCGACAACGCUAACUUUGCUAACGACUCAAAUCACACCAGUGUCAGAAAUUAAAGAAAAGGUUGCCCUAAUAACCUUUUUUUAGUGUUGGCACUUGUUUCUGAUGCAAAGUUAGUUUGGUCGAACUCUAGGUAUGUACGGUGGUAGGCUGUAGGAAAUUUUGUAAGUGAUCGAUCUGAAAGCAGGUCAGUAGACCAGAGAAAUAAAAAGUAGGAAAUUUCCACUUUAUAAAGUUGUUCUUGUAUAGAUUUCCCAUUGUUUCUUUAUGUAAGAUGCUGGAUAAGUAUGUAAGUUAUUUACUUAACUUCUUACGGAUGUUUUAUCCUACUGAUAAUAUUACAACCAUUAUGUAGUUAAUAUUAGGUAUAAUUAGACGCCUUGAAACAAAUCACACUAAGUUACCAAAGAGAUAGGCGGUCCUUAUUAAGAUAUUUUAAUUUUAUUAUUAUUGAACCAAGUAUUAUUUAAUUUUAUAUAAGUACUUAUGAUUUUUUACUUGUAGGUAAUGCUUAAUUAAAUGUUAGGGAUAUAAUUAUAAUUUGCGAAUUAAAGAAAGAAGGUAAUAGGUUAUUGUUAUAAACAUUUGAGAUAAAAUGACAUAAUAAUUGUGUACGCAUAAUAAUUUACCUAAUAGCUAAGGUGGCACUGACAACAGUGGCAGUGGCCGUAUGGGCAUAUUUAAGAUUAAAGAAGGCUCAGAGGAAUCACUCACUCGGAUAGCUUUACGAAAAAAAUAUUUUGGGGACCCUGUAUCUACCCUGCAGCUCUAAAACUCCUGAAAAAGCUGCAGAAUUUAAACGAAACUUAAAGUUUUUUUUCAGUUUUUUUAAAAUAAAAUACCUACUGCAUUGCCCAUUUAUGUAAAAGAAAAACACCUAUUUAUUAAGGGUCUGCAAUAGGGAAUCGAGGGUUGGCAUUGUCAUAGAAUUAUAUAGUAAAUGAUGCUCUACAGCCUUGAAAAAAAUCACACAGGUAGCCGAAGAGUCUAGCUAGGUGCUGA